CUCCACUACUUAUUGAAGAAUUUUGAUGAUCAGCGCUGUCAGCAAUGUUUUGAGUUCGAAGUUUGGGGAGGUUGAUUCGUUUGAUUCGUUUGAUUCGUAGUCUAGGGCUUCUGACGGAGUAAACUAUCUCCGAACUCUCUCGAGUGCUGGAGAUUGCCCAACGGCUCAACCUCCGUAACUUCAACUUCACAUAGUUCGCAGGCUUCGAACGGGGGGUUCUCGGUGGCUUGAAGGUAUUCGUGGAACAAUGGCCGAUGGGGUUUUCGGACAUCUUCUCCCGUUCUAUCUUCCUCUUUCAGCCAUUCCGUGCUCCGAUCCCGCUCCCUCCUAACUCCAUUCGACUUAGUCGGCUCCUCGUCCACAUUUCCCACUUCCUCCUCUUCCCCCCCCCGUUCCCCGGAGAGUCCACCCCCAUUGCCCCGAGAAUCCAAAAGCCUCCAAAUAGCGGUGUCCAUCAUCAUCCUAUCCUGUCCGGAUUCCUUUGACCACCUCCUGCUUCACCCCCUAAUCCUGACACGUUAGUACCGAAGCAACAGUCGCCCUUCGCUCUUUUUACUCUAUCCUCUCUGGUCCAGUUGCACCGAAAGAUCGACAUGUCUGAAAUCCAAAGAUGGACGGUCACUGAGCCCUAUCUUGACAUAGCGGGAACGCUGCUCGAGGGCCCAUUCCACAAUGCUGCUGCCAACGAGUUCCGCUUUGUCGAUAUCUGGGACCACAAACUUUACCGACUCGAUCUUACCAAGGGCCCUGACUCGUUGAGGGUAAUCGAUACGGAUGCAUCCAUCGGCGUCACCGCCAACAUUGCGGGCGAGGCCGACAAGGAUCAGCUGAUUGUCGGGGCCCAGCAUGGAUUUGCCCGGCUGAACCAGGCCACCGGGAAGCUCUCCUACAUCGCCCGGCCGUGGGAAAAGGAUGCGUCAAGGCAAAAUCUAAUGCGCUUCAAUGACGGCGCCGUCGACAGCCACGGCCGCUUCUGGGCCGGCGCCAUGAACGACCCCAAGGUCCAAUCGCCGCAACCCGAGGGCACCCUUUUCCGCCUGGACCCCGACCUCACCCUGCACGAGAUGCUGGCCCCAGUCACCAUCCCCAAUGGAAUGGGUUGGAACGCCGCCGACGACACCAUGUACUGGACCGACUCGCCGACCGGCAAGAUCUUCGCCUUUGACUUUGACGCCGCGACCGGCUCUAUUAGUAAUCGCCGCGUGCACUUUGAUAUCGGCGACUCAUUGGAGCCAGAUGGCUUUGCCAUUGAUGUCGAGGGCUGCAUCUGGACCGCAAUUUACGGUGGCGGUAAGGUUCUGCGUAUCUCGCCCGAGGGCCGGGUUAUCGGUCAGAUUGACCUGCCUACGCGGAACCCGACGUGUCCGGCUUUCGUGGGGACGGAAUUGUUUAUUACUUCGGCCAAGGAUGACCGUGAUGAUGAGAAGUUUCCACAGUCGGUGCGGUAUGGAGGUCGGUUGUUCAAGGUUGACGUUGGCGUUCAGGGAAGACCGAAGAAUGAGUUUCGGUUUCAGCAGUAAGGAAGGGCCGUAGUUAGUCCCAAGGGUUCGGUUCGAAUAUGAGCUGUCAGUACGGUAGUAAUGCUGGACCUCGAUCAAGAAUUCUUCGGUCGAGCUCUACUGUGCCCAUAUGUGAUCGUCCAGUCAAUCAUACGUAAAAAUAUUUAUACAUACCAGGGAUCGACUCGGAGUACGGAGUAGACAUGUAUCUAAAGCGAUCGACUGUGCAGAUCUCCUACUGCAAAGUACUUUCCCCCAUACAGCAGCCUACCCGCCCACAUACUAUCUUGUAGUAUGUGGAGAGUACUAGAAGGUUGAGACCGAGGCUCCUCACGAUGAUCCUCCC